AUACGUCAUCACCGUGUGCGCGCUUCCUGCUCCAGAGUUGUAGUUGUGAGAGCAGAGCUGACGUUAGCUUGUAGUUUUCUGCCUCGGGAGGCUAAAUUAGCAGGCUAACUGAGUCCCAACAGCUGCACUAAUCCUCCCUGUUUACCCACACAGCACCUGAGAGGAGUCCAUCUUCUGAGAGAUCAUGGCAGAUUUCUCGCUGACAGACGCGUUGGCAGACGACACUCCGAGCAAAGCGAAGAACAUGGGAAACACCAACCCGUCGGCUCCGGCAGGGAACCAUCAACCUCCUGCUAACCCGGGGUGGCCCGGCUCGGCCCCCGGAGCCCCCACCCAGCCCUCUGCCCCAGGGGGUUAUCCCGCUGGAUCCUCUGGUCCAGGGGGUUAUCCCGCUGGAGCUCCAGGUCCAGGGGGUUAUCCCGCUGGAGCUCCAGGUCCAGGGGGUUAUCCCGCUGGAGCUCCAGGUCCAGGGGGUUAUCCCGCUGGAGCUCCAGGUCCAGGGGGUUAUCCCGCUGGAGCUCCAGGUCCAGGGGGUUAUCCCGCUGGAGCUCCAGGUCCAGGGGGAUACCCUGCUGGAUCCUCCGGGCCGGGGGCCCCGGGGCAGUUCCCAUAUCAGUCUGGUGGCCCCGGAGCACCAGGGCAGUACCCGGGACCCCCUUCUGCCCCUGGAGGCUUCCACCCCGGGCCUGGGAUCCCCGGACAGUACCCCCCUGCACCUGGAGCUCCAGGACAGUUCCCUUCUAGCCCUGGAGCCCCGGGCCAGUUUCCCGGGCAGUUCCCCCCUCAGUACCCCGGGCAUUAUCCCCCUGAAGGAGCUCCAGGACAGCUCCCCGGAGGCCCUGCCCCUUACCCAGCCGGACCCUUUCCCUCUGGCCCCGGAGCCCCCCCUGGUCCAUAUCAAAAUCUGCCGCCUUAUCCUGGAUGUCAGCCCGGAGGAAACGGGAUGUACGGGCCGGGGGGUCCGGGUGCAUUCCCCCCCGCAGCCGGCCCUGGAGCUUUCCCAGGAUUCCCUGCUGGAGGCUUCCCUCCCAUGCCCACCGGGUCCUGGGGCCCCCCUGCAGCCGGAGGAUACCCUGCGGCCCCCGGCGGCUUCGGCCCCGGCCCCGGACCCAUGGGUCCAUACGGGGGUCCACCCGCUCCAGGAGGCAUGAUGAUGCCGUAUGAUCUUCCUCUUCACUCUGGAAUAUUACCACAACUCGUCAUCACGAUAGAAGCAGAGCCUGUUCCCGGUGCAGAAAGGUUCCAGGUUGACUUCAUUAAAGGUUCAGACGUCGUCUUUCACUUCAAUCCUCGAUUUUCCGAGCAAACCAUCAUCAGAAACUCCAACUUGGGGGGGUGUUGGGGCCCGGAGGAGCGGGACGGACACUUCCCCUUCGGACAGGGCCGCCGCUUCGAGCUGAAGAUCCUGGUGGACGAGGACUGCUUUAAGGUGGCGGUGGACGGCUCCCACCUGCUGGAGUUCGAGCACAGAGUGGGGGGCAUGGAGGAGGUGACCCUGCUGAGGGUGCAGGGGGACAUGGUGCUCCACAGCGUGGCCCCCAACAUGAUCUGACCCCAGAGCUGCUACACACUCGCUGCUCCGGAGACCUGCACACACCCUUCCUCUGACGGAGGCUUCAUAAGAUUCAGAGAAGUGCUCACCUGGCACUCGGUCGUUAGGCAGAUUAACGCAGGUCUACACAUGUUGUCCUCCCUUUUUUUUUUUGCUGGAUGAUAGGAAUUUUUAGUUUUUCUGCAACUCACAAUCAGAUAUAUUUUAUGACUUAACAAUAGUAAAGUAGUGAAUAUAAAACAGGCUGUCUAAACGGACAGUUCACUCACUUAUAGUGCUAUUUAUCAAUUUAGAUUAGUUUUAGUGUGAGUGGUUGAGAUCCGAGGGAAUGUACGCUCUGUUAUGCCUUUUGGUGUUUUCCCUCUCCUGAAGUGUGGUCUAUGGUUUGUGUGCAUGUAAGAUCAAAAUCAGGUCUGAGUUUAUCGUAGUGGUUCUCAAAGCGUUAAAAAAAAUAAAAGAAUUCAAAACUCAACAGCUAUGCCUCUUUCCAAAAAGUCAUUACUGUUAACAAAUAUAACCCUCAGAUUAUGUGAGCCGUUUCAUGGCGGGAUCAUUUUAUUUCUAACGUCUCACUACGCAGAAAGAAGCAUGUGCGAAAGAAAAUAGUUCCUCCUGUGACUGAAAUCUUCAAUUCUCUGCAACUCACACUUUAACUUUCUAGAUUUGGAUGAUAAGCACUGAAGUUAGUCGAGAAAUGUUUAUAAUUUUGCCGUGAACUUUCCCUUUUAGAAAUACUAACUUAUACCUAAUAAAGAAAUAGCUGGAUAUUACCAAUAGUUUGCUGUAUUUUGGAUCUGGAUCAGCCUUUUAAUGCAUGAGUGUGAACCUGAAACCUUUCCCCUCUUUACAUUCAGCAGGUCAAUAAUGAAGUUUAUUCAAAUAUAUUUAUACUCUGCUUUCCUCACUAUUAAUCCUCCCGAGGUCAAGGUUUUACGAAUGAUUGAUUUCAUGUUGAAGUCUUAAAAAGCGAGCCUCAAAUUAAUGUUGCCAAAGAUAAAGGUGGAACAAUAUUUUGAGAUAAUGUAUGCUAAUAAAAAUAAAGGGCAACAAAUAAAAAAGGACUGACUGUUUGAUUCAGAGUAUUGUACACUCUUCAUGAGCUUCUUGCCUGUGCACUUAAUAAAUAAUACUUUCCCUGUUA